AUGCGGGAGCUGACCCCAGAUCCUGAGCAAGAGCUCCACGAGCCCAACCGCGAGAAGCGCUUGGUGUCGGCAGGUCACUACGUCCAGGUCAAGCCAACACCUUUGCUAAAUCCAUCCCUGGUGGCAUACAGCGCGGAUGUUGCAAGUGAUUUAGGCCUCUCGGAGGCAGACUGCCAGUCGGACGAGUUCCUGCAGUACAUGUCUGGUCGUAUGGAAAAGUUGCCGAAAAUGAGAAGCUGGUGCACACCGUAUACUUUGUCUGUGGCUGGGAAUGAGAUAUCAACUGGCAACAUGUAUGGUGAUGGCCGGGCCAUUUCGGUGGGAGAGGUGGUUAGAGAUGGAAAGCGGUGGGAGCUGCAACUGAAAGGCGCUGGGUGCACCCCUUUCUGUCGGGGAGCGGAUGGCAGAGCUGUGAUAAGAUCCAGCUUGCGCGAGUUCCUUGCAUCAGAGGCUAUGCAUCACCUGAACGUACCAACGACACGCAGCCUUUCCCUGGUCAUGUCUGAGUCAGAGAGUGCUUUGCGUGAAUGGCUAGGUGAGCGCGUGUAUGAGCCUUGUGCAAUCACCUGCCGCGUCUCCACGUCAUUCCUUCGGGUCGGACAUUUGGAGCUCUUUGGCCGCCGCGCGAGGGACAAUUGGGGUGAGUCACCUGAGCGGCAGGAGCUGGAGCAGAUUGUCCACCAUCUUCUCUUGCGAGAGUAUCCGGAAUGCUUGGAAGAUGGUGUGGGCGGAAACUUGCAAACAGCUCUGAGGAAAAUGCUGUUGCCAAUGGCGCGCCGGAUGGCGCAGUUGACGGCAGAAUGGUGGAGGGUAGGAUUCUGUCAAGGAAACUUCCAAUCCGACAACUGCCUCCUGGGAGGAAGGACAUUGGACUACGGUCCUUUUGGCUUCAUGGAAAGCUACAAUCCACAUUGGUGUAGCUGGACAGGUGGCAUUGACAAGUUUAGUUUCGGAAGCCAGCCGAAAGCUGCUUAUCAUAACUUCACUAGCGCUGUUCGAUCCAUCGAGUGUCUGCUGGACUCGGAUGGCCGCAAAGAGGCACAAAAUGCGGUGCGAGCAUUUCCAUCGCUGCUGGCCGAGGCCUUUGCGGAUGUGCGGAUGCAGAAGCUUGGCCUGUCUUUCUGGGAUGAAAGCGGAGCUCAAUUAUGCGAUGGUCUUCUCUUGCUCAUGGAGCAGUCGGGCGCAGAUUGGACCCUGACAUGGCGCUCACUAGCCUCUGUAGCGCAACAUUGGGAGGAGCUGAUGGAAAGUGGUAGCCUCACAGAGCCUCUAAAGAAAUGUUUUUAUGAAAGCCUGAGCCCAGAUCUCGAAAGAGCCUGGUCUGAAUGGGUUUGGGAGUGGCUCACGCGCUUGAGAGAGGAGGGCGAUGACCCAGAUGAGGUCGCAAGUCGUAUGCGGCAAGUGUCUCCAAAAUACAUUCCUCGAAAUUGGAUGCUUGUAGAGGCAUACGAGGCUGCUGAAAGUGGUAGCUUCCAACUUGCCCAAGAUUUGCUCAAGUUAUUGUCCAAUCCUUACGACGAGCACCCGGAGUUCGAGAGUCGAUACUUCUGCCUGGCUCCUCCAGAGGUGAGAAACCGGCCAGGAGUGUACAUAAUGAGCUGA